AAAGUGUACACUUCGUCGCACAUUUUUCGGUUUAUUCCGAACAUAAUAGGUUAUGUUCGCGUGGUGACACUGAUUGCGUCGCUUUUCACAAUGCAAAACCAUCCGAAAUUCACCAUGUGGGUGCUUUACUCGACCUCCUGUUUGCUGGAUGCUUUUGAUGGAUACGCGGCCAGAAAACUGGACCAGAGCACCACGUUUGGUGCGGUUUUGGACAUGGUCACCGACCGUUGCUCGACAUGCUCGCUGAUUGUGUUUUUGACCAGGCUGUAUCCCAAUUGGUUCAUCCUGUGGCAGAUGCUCAUCUCUUUAGACCUGGCCUCACAUUACCUUCACAUGUACGCCACUAUCACCAGCGGAUCCAAGAGCCAUAAAUCCAUGAAAAAAGACACCAACAUUCUUCUCAAACUUUACUACGAAAACCGCAUAGUUCUAUUUCUGGUUUGUGCCCUGAACGAGCUCUUCUACAUGGCCCUUUACCUCGACUACUAUAAAUUUAGAGCUUUACCUUUGGUUGGUAUUUCGUUCCCAAGAUUUCUGAUUUAUGUGUCUGCACCUAUCUGGUUUUUCAACAGGAUUCCGUAAACUGUGCGAUUCACAUAACUCGAGUAUUGGCUCAAGACAGCAGGAAAUAGCGACGUCCCAUCACGAAGCCUAAACUUCACAUUGAGCAAAACAAUCACUGCCACAAGAAACCGGUACAGUAGCAUCAUUAGGGUGUUUAUUAUCACUGUGCGAAUUUCGGCGUCGCGAUUGACUAUUCUACUCAAAGCAAGCUCAACGUAGGGACUUUGCAACUCGCUUUCAUCCUUUGAUUCGACCUGAGCUGGUUUCUCUGUUGUUGGCAGGUUUGAGCUCUCUUUCAAAGGUGACUUGUGCCUCGGCUUGAAUAUCGAUCGCUGAUAAAUGUUGCUGUUGAUUGAUUGUGGCGACUGCUUCUCGGAGGCCUGAGGAGUGCCGGGCAACUGCUGUUGGAAUUUCUUGCGCAAAAGAGGCGACAUGGGCCCCUUGACAGGAGUAUUUGGUCCCGCUAGAGGAGUCGAGGAUAUUAACGGUUUAGUGCUCUGAGGAACUUUGAAUGGAGAUGCAAGUAACGGUUUGAUCGGGGUAUUGGGUAUGCCAGCGGACUUGCUUGGAGACAUCGCUGGAACCGGUUUUCUGGGAGACGGUGUAAAAUGCGCACUUCCAACAGGAGUGGAGGAGUUUAAGGUGCCUCGAUUAGAAAAACUGAUUCUCCGCCUUGUCUGCAAAAAAGUGUCUUCAUCUGGUGUAUAGUAUGAUCCAUUGAUAGAUGAAG